UCUAUGGUGUCACAAUCUGACUUGCUAAUGCAAAUUCAAAGCUAUUCUUUCACAAUUGCACAGCUGCUGGUUUGUUUUGAGGCCUUACUACUCCCCUGGUCGUGGGGCUUUCUUCUCAUAAGUUGAACAUUUCAUCUAAAUUGAUCAGUGACUGUUGCUGGGACCAGCACAGAAAGAAGUAAUUGGGACACAAUGGAGAAUUCUGCACUUCAAUUCCUCAGAAAUAGACAACAUUGGGCUCUUUAGGGGUGGAUGUUGCUUCAUUGCCAACCCUGUGAGGAGUGGAGCUUAUUGGAAAUAUUUUAGCUAGGUUGCAAGAUGCUAAAUUGUUUUGCAAGGCACUAAAGCAUCUUCACCACAAAGUCUAGCUAAAGUUUGCAGUUGAUCUGUCUUGAAGAACUGCCUCGCAUUGGAUUUCUUGCCAUGGAGUUAGAUUUCAACGUAGAAGAGCUGGUUGAUUUGAGUUUCUUAACAGAUGAGGAACUGGAUGUGAUUGUACAAGUACUUUACCGAGACAUGGAGCUCCGUUUAUUGGAAGACCAACGCAUCAAGAAAUUGCAACAAUCGGUUCUCGAUCCCGAGCAGUUAAAAAUCGCAACAGGAGAUUGGUUCAAGGAAGUCCGAGAAAAACGCCACACAGACAAAAAUUUUGGAUCAGACAUUGUCCGUGCUUCUAUACGCAAGAAGAAAAGAACGAAAGGUGAAAGACAGAAAAAAGUGACAAUUAGUGACAAGAAAAUCAUUAUUAAUGAGCAGGGGGAUCAAGAGGUAGAGCAGCAAGAGAAUGUGGACUGUGCUAUAACCAAUGGAGUUAGUCCUGAACAGAGGGACACAGGAAUGGUUGAAGCAGACUGCGAAGAGUCAGAAGUUCAUAACAGGCUGGUUGACAAUGAAGUCGAUGUGACUUCAAAAGAGGAAACCUUAACCUUACCUGCCAACACUGAGACUCAGACAGAUGACAACAUGGCGCCUGAAAGAAAAGUUUAUGCUCCAUGUACUAUGGACGAUGAGGCAUUGAGGACUGAGGAGAGCAACAUAUCAGUCUCUACUAUUACAGUGCAGAGUAGUGACGGGAUUGAUGGUGACAGUUGGUCCCAGCACAGCGAUGAGUGCAGAGUGCCAACAAAAGAUGUGGAUGUUAACAGCUCGCUGUCCAGUUUCCAAUCCGCUGCUACUCAGAUAAAUGACAACAUGGCCCCUGAAACAAAAGUUUAUGCUCCAUGUACUAUGGACGAUGAGGCAUUGAGGACUGAGAAGAGCAACAUAUCGGUCUCUACUAUUACAGUGCAGAGUGGUGACGGGAUUGAUGGUGACAGUUGGUCCCAGCACAGCGAUGAGUGCAGAGUGCCAACAAAAGAUGUGGAUGUUAACAGCUCGCUGUCCAGUUUCCAAUCCGCUGCUCUCAGUGGCAGUAUUAUGAGCUUGUACAGCAAUGCUGAUGUUGGAUGUGUCGAUGUGAGAGGCAGUAUCACUUUCUCACUCCAUUUUGAUGAAAACAGUCUUGAGUUCAAAAUUCAUGUGGUGCAAUGUGAUGAUCUAGCUGCAGUCAAGAAAAAUCGUUCUGACCCUUAUGUGAAGAGUUAUCUUCUCCCAGACAAAUCAUCCCAAAGCAAACGUAAAACCUCAGUGAAGAAGAAAACCCUGAAUCCUACAUUUAAUGAAUGGUUAAAGUACAAACUGGGGAAAGAUGAGCUGCAGAGUCGGACUCUAAGCAUCUCCGUGUGGCACAGUGAUCACUUUGGGCGCAACCUCUUGUUGGGAGAGGUGGAGAUCCCACUUGCCUCAUGGGAUUGGAGCAAUAUCAAACCUACAUCCUACAUCCUACAGCCACGGAUUGCUGCUCCACCAAACAUGAUCCGAAGCAAAGGUCAACUUUCCUUGUCACUGAAAUUCAUUCCAGCGGGAACCUACGAUCAGGGGCUGCCUCCCACCGCAGAGCUGCACAUCUGGCUGAAGGAAGCACGGAAUCUCAUCCCAUUUCGAUCCAAGGGCAUCAACUCCUUUGUCAAAUGUUAUAUUCUCCCAGAUGUCACUAAGUCCAGCCGACAAAAGACCAGAGUGAUAAAGAAAGAUUUGAACCCUGUCUAUAACCACACAAUGGUAUAUGAUGGCUUUCAGACAGACGAUAUGAGUGAGACCUGCGCCCAGAUCACUGUCUGGGAUCAUGAUACCUUUUCCAACCAGUUCCUGGGAGGAUUGCGUCUCAGUCUUGGAACAGGUCUCAGCUAUGGCCAACCUGUCAACUGGAUGGAUUCAAAUGAGGAAGAGAUUUCUGCAUGGCAAAGAAUGCUUUCGGGACCUGGGCAGUGGAUGGACUCCAUAUUACCACUCAGACCCGACAUGGAUUCUAUGGAAUAAUCACAGCACAAAGUGCUACUCCAAAAAAUAAUCAAUAGUCUGUGUGACCUAGCCUGUCCUCCAAGGAUAUUCUGGGUGGGUCACAGGCUCCCAAGAUAGGGAACCAAAUUCAUCUGGGAUACUAUUGAGUUUUGAGUUUAGCAGUUUGGCACUAUUGGGGUUAGCAAAAAACACAUGAGAUUCAGGGAUUAAGCUGAAAAGGUAGCAAUUUGGACUGUACCAUCUAGUAACAUAUUGAUACCUCUCUAUUAGUAGGGUCUCUGUGACAGGGCCUGGAUUAGACAGGGCCUAGGCUAGGGAAUAAGACCAUGCAGGCUCUGACAAUCUUGCUUCCAUCAGCUCUGUAAUAGGCAUGUGUCCAUCAGCAGUUGCUACAUGAAAGCUUUUCCAAUCAUGCAGAAUCGUUCUCUUUCUCACCGUCUCCUUAUCCUCAACUUCUCUAAGGAAACUUUUACUGGGAAUUAUUUCUUUAGUUUUGAUUGGUAAAUUGGCAGUGACCUGUCCUGCAUUCAGAGAUCCUUACGUUGAAAGAUUUUUAAAAAAUGAUAAUCUUUUUAACAUAGAAAUUAUAGCCAUUCUAUAAAAUUCUUUUGUUUCCUAAACCUGUCCAGGUAGGAUAGUGAAGCUCAAAAUUUCAAACAAGCUUGAUGUGUGAUGCUGGUUGAUACUGAGGAGUUCUUGGAAAUUAUCCCAUUAAAAUUGAUGUCCGUUGAUCAGAUGUAUCAUCAAAGCUUCUGUUGGGUUACUGUCACUUUUAACAUCUUAUUUAUAAUAGAUACCUUCUCCGGCUCAGCAACCCUCCAAGUUCCCUAUGUUCCUCCAGUUCUCCCAUUUCAGCAUCCUUGAAUUUCCAUGCCUCACCAUUGGCAGCCCUGUCUUCAGCUGUCCAGGCCCUAUGCUCUGAAGUUCCAUCAAUAAACCUCUUCACCUUUCCUCCUUUAAGUCAUUAGUUAAAAGCCAACUCUUUGACCAAGCUUUUAUUCUAAUAUCUCUUCCUUCGGCUCAAUAUUAAUUUAUGUCUGAUUUACACUCUUGUGAAGCACCUUGGGAUGUUUUGCUACAUUAAAGGUUAAAUCUAAAUGUAAGUUAUUGUUGUAUUAUACAUCCUCCUGUCAUGUGGCUGCAGAACAGAUUCCUGCAUUUUGUUGUCAUUGGUUGAGAUCUUCGUAGAUUUUUUAUGACCACAAACCCCCCUCCAAGUGACUUUUUUAGUGAUUUCAUAAGAUGUUGUGGAUCUCAUUUCAGACACAUCUCUGGUAAGGUUACAGAGCCUCCAAGCUCUCAGUAUAACACCUGUCUCCCAACCUGGUGCCUGAAGACCCCAGAGGGACUCCAUUUUGAGCCCAGAGAGAUCUGGAGACCCCCACCCUCGCACUUCCCCAACUUGUCCCCAGCCUGUUUGCUGUUGUGAUAACGCUGCCUUCAUAUUAAAUGUUGUAAUAUUUAUCUCCGUGGAAUUAAUAAUUUAGUAUUAGUUUAACCCCUUUAACUUUCUGGUUUGGUAUUUUCCACAAGCAUUUUUGAAUGACAAAUAAAUGAAAAUGAAAUAUUA